CUUUGCGCGGACAUCUUGAGCUCUGUUAAAAUAAACACACAACUUUGAACCAGUGACUGUAGAAAAAGCAUUGAACCGAAAGUUUUUCUAGCUCCGAGCAAACGCAGGAAGUGUGUCUCACGUGAGAAGAGCCACGUGUGGACACUAACUGGACGGAAACACAGGGAAGCUACAAAUCCAGCAGUAGUCAGCAGGUAGUCUGGUGGGCGUGGCCUACUUGUUUCAAAACCUCUCAUAAGACAGCUGUGAGUCAAAGGUGGACUCACACUGCUCUGCUUGUUGGUCCCUCAGCUGCUCUUGUCAGAAAUGGCCCACCUCCCUGCACUUUUUAAGUAUGUGGAUGAAAACCAGGACCUCUAUGUGAAGCGCCUUGCAGAAUGGGUCGGCGUCCAGAGUGUGUCUGCCUGGCCCGAGAAGCGUGGAGAGAUCAAAAAGAUGAUGGAGAUGGCAGCCAAAGACAUCGAGAAGCUGGGGGGAUCGGUGGAGCUGGUGGAUAUUGGCAAACAAAAACUUUCCUCAGGAGAGGAGAUCCCGCUGCCUCCCAUCGUCCUGGGGAGUUUGGGCUCAGACCCAAACAAGAACACGGUUUGCAUCUACGGUCACCUCGAUGUCCAACCGGCUCAGGUCGAGGACGGCUGGGACACUGAGCCCUUCACUCUGGUGGAGAAAGAUGGUAAACUGUAUGGGAGAGGAUCCACAGAUGACAAGGGUCCAGUGUUGGCGUGGUUUAACUGCAUUGAGGCCUAUCAAAAGAUCAAUCAGGAGCUUCCCAUCAACGUCAAGUUCUGCUUCGAGGGGAUGGAGGAAUCUGGAUCCGAGGGCCUGGACGAUCUGGUGUUUGCUCAAAAAGACAAGUUUUUCAAAGACGUGGACUACGUCUGCAUCUCCGAUAACUACUGGCUAGGCAAGACCAAACCCUGCAUCACCUACGGCCUGAGAGGAAUCUGUUAUUUCUUUGUUGAGGUUGAGUGCUGCGAGAAAGACCUGCACUCAGGCGUGUUUGGUGGCUCCGUUCACGAGGCCAUGACUGAUCUCAUUUCUCUCAUGGGCUGCCUGGUUGACAAGAAGGGGAAGAUCCUGAUUCCUGGGAUGUACAACGACGUGGCCCCUCUGACAGAGGAGGAGAAAAAGCUUUAUGAGAAGAUUGAUUUUGACUUGAGUGAGUACUGCAAAGAUGUAGGAGUUGGACACCUGCUACACGAUACCAAGGAGCAGAUCUUAAUGCACCGCUGGAGGUACCCAUCUCUUUCUCUUCACGGCAUCGAAGGGGCUUUCUCUGAAGCUGGGGCCAAAACCGUAAUACCCCGCAAAGUCACUGGCAAGUUCUCCAUUCGCCUUGUCCCUGACAUGGAUCCCAAAAUUGUGGAGCAGCAGGUGGUCGAGCAUGUGCAGAAGAAGUUUGCUGAAUUGGGAACCCCCAACAAACUGAAAGUUUACAUGGGUCACGGGGCCAAAGCCUGGGUGUCUGACUUCAACCAUCCUCAUUACAUGGCGGGUCGAAAGGCCAUGAAGACAGUGUUUGGAGUUGAGCCGGACCUGACCCGCGAAGGUGGAAGCAUCCCCGUCACCCUCACCUUCCAGGAGGCUACAGGCCGUAACGUCAUGCUGCUUCCUGUAGGAUCCUCCGAUGAUGGAGCUCAUUCACAGAAUGAAAAGCUCAAUAGAGUGAACUACAUCCAAGGAACCAAGAUGUUGGGAGCAUACUUUCAUGAGGUUUCACUGCUGAAAUGAACUGAGAACAUGGGAUCAUAAAAAAUAUCCAUCCUUAUUAUCAGAGCCAUAACCGUUUUUGUACAAUUUACCUCCAACAAACUAUAAGAAAUAAAACGGUUUAUUUGUUACA